UCAUCUGAAAACUGCAUGAACCGGCACUUAAUGCCGAGCUCACGCGGGGAACGCGUGUCCGAAUCGCAGGCUGCUCUCCAGUGUCCUCACUGCCGCAGGCGGGCCAGGGAGCGAGACUACGUCUACUUCGAGAACUCCUCCAGCAACCCCUACCUGAUCCGGAGAAUCGAGGAGCUCAACAAGACGGCCAACGGGAACGUGGAGGCCAAGGUGGUGUGCUUCUACCGGAGGCGGGACAUCUCCAGCGCCCUCAUUGCCCUGGCUGACAAGCAUGCCACACUGUCGGUCUGCUACAGAACUGGACCGGGGGCUGAUAACGGCGAGGAAGGAGAGGUGGAGGAGGAGGUGGAGAACCCAGAGGUGGUGGACCUGCCCGAGAAGCUCAGACACCAGCUGCGGCACCGGGAACUGUUUCUCUCUCGGCAGCUGGAGUCCCUGCCCGCCACCCACAUCAGAGGGAAGUGCAGUGUGACCCUGCUCAAUGAGACUGAGUCACUCAAGUCCUACCUGGAGCGGGAGGAUUUCUUCUUCUAUUCUCUGGUCUACGAUCCACAGCAGAAGACCCUCCUGGCUGAUAAAGGGGAGAUUCGUGUGGGGAACAGGUACCAGGCGGACAUCACCGACCUGCUGAAAGAAGGAGAGGAGGAUGGCCGAGACCAGUCCAAACUGGAGACCAAGGUGUGGGAGGCCCACAACCCCCUUGUAGACAAGCAGAUUGACCAGUUCCUGGUGGUGGCCCGCUCGGUGGGCACCUUCGCCCGGGCCCUGGACUGCAGCAGCUCCGUCCGGCAGCCCAGCCUGCACAUGAGCGCUGCAGCCGCCUCCCGUGACAUCACCCUGUUCCACGCCAUGGACACCCUGCACAGGAGUGUGUACGAUGUGGCCAAGGCCAUCGCAGCCCUGGUGCCACAGGGGGGCCCCGUACUCUGCAGGGACGAGAUGGAGGAGUGGUCGGCCUCAGAGGCCAGCCUUUUUGAGGAGGCCCUGGAGAAAUACGGCAAAGAUUUCACGGACAUUCAGCAAGACUUUUUGCCCUGGAAGUCGCUCACCAGCAUCAUCGAAUACUACUACAUGUGGAAGACCACCGACAGAUACGUGCAGCAGAAACGUUUGAAAGCAGCUGAAGCAGAGAGCAAGUUAAAGCAAGUCUAUAUUCCCAACUAUAACAAGCCAAAUCCGAACCAGAUCAGCAUCAACAAUGUGAAGGCAGGCGUGGUGAACGGCGCAGGGGCACCAGGCCAGAGCCCUGGGGCUGGCCGGGCCUGCGAGAGCUGUUACACCACCCAGUCUUACCAGUGGUAUUCUUGGGGUCCCCCUAACAUGCAGUGUCGCCUCUGCGCAUCUUGUUGGACAUAUUGGAAGAAAUAUGGUGGCUUGAAAAUGCCAACCCGGUUAGAUGGAGAGAGGCCAGGACCGAACCGCAGUAACGUGAGCCCCCAUGGCAUCCCAGCCCGGAGCGGCGGUAGCCCCAAGUUCGCCAUGAAGACGCGACAGGCCUUCUACCUGCACACAACCAAGCUCACGCGGAUCGCCCGGCGCUUGUGCCGAGAGAUCCUUCGCCCGCGGCACGCUGCCAGACACCCCUACAUGCCUAUCAACAGCGCCACCAUCAAGGCUGAAUGCACGGCACGGCUGCCUGAAGCCGCCCAGAGCCCACUGGUGCUGAAGCAGGCUGUGCGGAAGCCGCUCGAAGCCGUGCUCCGGUAUCUCGAGACCCACCCCCGCCCCCCCAAGCCCGACCCCGUGAAGAGCGUGUCCGGUGUGCUCAGCGGCCUCGCCCCCACCAAGCCGGCCCCUGUCAUCAACCACGGCUCCCCCACCAUCCUGGGCAAGAGAAGCUAUGAACAGCACAACGGGGUGGACGGCAACACAAAGAAACGCCUCUUGAUGCCCAGCCGGGGCACUUACCUGGGUCUGGCGAACCACGGACAGACCAGGCACAUGGGACCAAACCGGAACCUCCUGCUCAACGGGAAGCCGUACCCGACCAAGGUGCGCCUGAUCCGGGGCGGCUCCCUGCCCCCCGUCAAGCGGCGGCGGAUGAACUGGAUCGAUGCCCCCGAUGACGUGUUCUACAUGGCCACCGAGGAGACCAGGAAGGUCCGCAAGCUGCUCUCGUCCUCGGAGACCAAGCGGGCCGCCCGCCGGCCCUACAAGCCCAUCGCCCUGCGCCAGAGCCAGGCGCUGCCGCUGCGGCCGCCCCCGCCCGCGCCCGUCAACGACGAGCCCAUAGUCAUCGAGGACUAGAACCCGAGGCCUCGGCCCGCCGGUCUGGUAGUGCCCCUCCCGCCCCCGUGCAGAGAGCGGCUCCCUGGCGCUUCCGAGAGGCCCCUUGCCCUGUCCUGGGGGUGCUGGGGGGCCCUUUUAGCUUUGUGUUUACUUUCUGGCCGGAGCGGAGCUGAGGAGCCUCCGCGGCCCACACCGCCCCGCGGCUGGCCCACGUUUUGUUGUGUUCUGUUGAAGGUGCCAUUUAAAAUUUUAUUUUUAUUACUUUUUUUGUAGAUGAACUUAAGCUCUGUAACUUACAUCUGGAAUGUUAGGAUCGGCGUGGCCAGCGGCCAGCCAAGCUGCCUGGUGGGGUUGGCCCCUUGUCUUUUCAAGUAAUUUUCAUAUUAAAAAAAACAAAGAAAAAAAAACUUAUAAAAAGAAAAAAACCAA